AUGUCGACCUUCGACUUACAUUCCGUCCUUUAUGUUGGAACUGUGAACUCCAACCUCAUAUGUUGUAUUUGUCAAACUCCUUUUGUUGAACCCGUGGUCGUGGAAACUUGCGGGUCUUGCAUCGAACAAGCUUUGUCAACAAGGCUAUCUUGUCCGGUUGAUCGCUCUCCUCUUUCCGACAUGUCAGAACUUAAGCCAGCUUCAAAGAUAAUUUCCAACAUGGUAAACGAAUUGUUGGCAUAUUGCCCUAAUAAAGAUCUAGGUUGUAUAUAUCAGGGACAACGUCAACUGAUAAACAUUCAUUUAAAAGGAGAGUGCGAGUUCACUUCGCUCGAGUGUCAAUGUGGUAAGACAAUGCUGAAAAAAGAUUUGACAAAACACAUGGAAAGUUGUCAGAAGAUUGUCAAGGUCGAGUGUCCUUAUUGUCGUGUAGAGAAUUUUCCUUCGCUACAUAUCUUACAUCUUGAGAAAUGCCCAAAGAAACCCGUAUCAUGUUACCACGCCGAAUUUGAGUGUUCCUGGUCGGGACUCCAACACGAUUUAGAUAACAAACAUAUAGUUGAAUGUCCGUUUGAACCUUUGAAAGGUUUCUUUAAAAUUCACAAAGAACGGAUGGAUACUCUUGAUCAGGAGAACAAGCAACUUCGAUUUACAGUUCAAGAGCUCAAAAAGACAAAUUUGUCAUUACAAAAUCAAGUAUCAGAAAUAUUCAAUUUAUUGAAUUCCGGAUUCCCAUCCCAUGACUUGGAGUCGAAAGGUGACGUGCUCAGUUUAGAAAGGUCAACAUCGAUUAUAACAACACAGGAAUUAUUACUCUCAGAUAAUGACCAUUUUAAGAAUCAGAUUGAAGCCCUGAAUGCUAGCUUUGCUGAUUUAGAACUAAGACAAAAUGUAGCGCUAAUGACUGAAAGUUUAAGAAUGCAAGAAGAAAUACAAAGCCUUAAGAAUUUAUGUCACGGUCUAAGGAUGCAGAUGCAUUAUUUAUUGAUGGAAAGACGUAUUAAUGACCCGACGGUGAGAAACGUUGCCAAUGCGACCGCGGUGACAAGAGCUGGUCUUACUGGUCAUAUGAUCCCAGGGAGGUCAAAUGGUUCUAGUGGAGUUCUUGGAGCGGAAGUAAAUUCUGAUGCACCAAACAUUAGAUCAAUUCCUGAUAUUACAGAAAAUGAACGUCUUCUGCAGAGAAUAGGUCCAUUGAACACUGGUAAUCAUUUUAAUCUCUACGUGGGCAUCGUUCGAAAAUCUUUUAAUUCGAAUGUGAUUUGGGCAUUAAAUUUAUUAAAUUCUUCUUAUUCUCUUAGACCUCCCUCGACAGGAGAAGCUUUAAGACUUAUACUUUUUGGAAUGAUGUACCAAUUGUAA